UGAACAGUGUUUUUGCAGGAACAGAGUAAACCUAUUUAAUUUUCACAACCUCCAACCCAACCAACCUCCCCACCUUAUUCUUUACUUUCCUCCCUUCAAACCCUAGUAAUAACUCACCUUUAAUAUGCAAUUGCCUCUCUUCCACUACACCUAGAAAGCAGAAACCCCCUGACCCAGAUUCAGCUCAAACCCAUCUCAGCCAUGGUCUCAUUAUCCAUUUCCACUCACUUAGCCGCUUUUUCCCUGCUCAUUUUCACCCUCAGAGCCUCAGCUGCAGACUCAAAUUCCUCAUUUUCUUUCACUAAGUUUGGUAAAGAUCCAAACUUUGAGUCCAAUAUUGCUCUGUAUGGAGAUGCCAAGAUUGCUAAUGGUGCAGUUCAGCUCACUAGUUCUGGGCGAGUCAUGUACAAGAAACCCCUCAAGCUUGGUGAAGGUAAGCCUCAGAAAUCAGUGUCUUUUUCCAGUCACUUCACUCUGUCUAUGUCCAAAGAAAAUGGGGAUGGUUUGGCCUUUGUUAUAGUUCCAAGUGGUUUCAAUCUUAGCCUGUUUGGUAAUAGCUCUUUUGGGCUUGAAAUGGGGUAUGGGAAAAGUAAAUUGAAGGUUGUUGCAGUUAAGUUGAAGUAUGAUUACUUGGUUGGUAAGGUCCAUGUGGGGAUUGAUGUGGGUAGUUCUGUAUCAGCUAGAGUUAACAAUGCUUCAGCUAUCAAAUUGAAUCUAACUAGUGGUGAUAGAACAAAUGCUUGGAUUGAUUAUGAAGCGGGUUCGAAAAGAGUUGAAGUGAGAUUGAGUCAAUUGGGUGGUUUAAGGCCAGCUGAUCCUUUGCUGUGGUACCCAAUUGACUUGUCGAAAUUGUGGGGAGAUGAGAAAGUGUUUGUAGGCUUAAGCGCGCAGAAUAGGAACUCUUCUCAAACUUGUUCCAUAUAUUCUUGGAGCUUCGAGCAAAGGCAUGUUCCGGACUGGAUGCAUUCAGAGCCACUAGAUCCUAAGACCUUAUCUAAGAGCUCGAAACCGGUGACAGUUGAGAAGAGAAAGGAUUGUGUAUUGAGGGCUGUUGCUGCAAUGGUUCUCGGAGUUGCUUGUGGAGCAUUGGCAUCAUACAUUGUGUUGUAUUUGUGGAGAGUCUUUGGUAAUAGGCGUCCGGUGGUGCCAGAAGAGUAUGCAAUGCAGCCUCAACAAUUCGAGUACAAGAAAAUGAAGGUAGUGGUAGAUAAAUCCAUCGAAGAUGGAAAGCAGUAGAAGGCUCAUUGUGUGUUGCGUUGUAAAUCAGUAAUUCUUUUCCCCCUUUGUUUUGCUUUGUAUUUUCAGUUUUUCUUGUGUUAUUACUUGUAGUUGUAGUAACAUGCCAGUAGAUUGUCAAAAUGUAGUAGGUUUGGUGCAUAGUUUUUCUAAUGUUGGAGCAGUGGGAUUCCACUUUGAACUGACUGAAAAAUUCAUGGUUGAAACCCCACUGUUCUGUUAAAUAACUCCGCAUGGUGUGCUGGUAACUGCUUAAAUUGUUUGCAAGCAUUUGUUUGAAAUCAAUUUAUCCAUUUCUGAUGACAA